AUGAAUCCAAUGGAUGUUGUUCCUAUAAAUCUCAACGCAAUUAAUAUACCACGAGUGCCAGGAAUAAUUACACCCAAUGAAUUUCAAGAAUUAAUUCAAAAUAUUAAUAAGAAACUCUCAUCUAAAAAAACAUUGAUUAUUCUCUUAAUUCCUGUUUUAAUUGAAAUUGUAAGUAUUGCAUUAUUUGUUGUUGGUGCAGUAUUAUCUGAACGUAUUGGUAGCACAAUAUCUCGUAUACUAAUUUACGAUGGAAUAGGAAUUACUAUUUUGGCAAUCAUCUGCUUUUUCAUUGUAAUUUCUUUUGCACAAUCACGACGUCCAGUCGAGAUGCGACAAGCAAUUGAAAGUGAAUCGAUUAAAUAUUCUACACGAUCAACAAAACCAUGUAGUUGGCAUUUGAAUACUACUAGAUAUUAUGGAGAAAUGUAUAAAGGUUAUCGACAAAUUAGAGUCGUCACCAGUGUAAGUAUCUUUGUUUCAUAUUAG